UUAGUGUCAGUGGGCCUCUUACGCUGGGCCUCAGUCACGCCGGGCGUCAGUGACUUCGCGUCCGCCGGUACGAUCGGUUCUUUCUCGAGGCUCGAGGACGUCGCGAAAAUUUUCGCGCUCGCCACUUGCUCGGUCUCGUCUAUGCGGGAAAUUCCUCUUCAUCGACAAUUCAAAGAGUGAACAUUCCCGAAACACAUUUUGGAAAGCACAGAGAUUUGAUUUCUCAGUCUGUAAUAAAAUACGUCGCCGGAGAUUUGAUCUCUCCCCUGGAGAACGAAGUUUUUCUCGAAUUUUUCAACGAUAGGUUGCUGCCAAGACGAAACCAAGAUGAGACCAAGAUACACGUUUCGAGGCGCGUGACAACUUUUGUUCAGAAGACGCGACCAGGACAGGCAACAGUUGUCACGUCGUCGAUAGAUCGGUUGACUCGCCGAUAUUUCCCCGAUUGCUAAAUGAAGCGGGAUCCUCGUCGAGAGGAAUGCGAAUUCCCCGGUGAGAUUUCAAGGAAAUCGUGAAACCAGCCGACGAUCGAAUCGACCGAACGAAUCAUCGUCAGCUGUUUGGAAGAAUGACGCAACGUUCUCCUCGUCGAAGAGGGAAGGAUGAUCAGCGUCGGUUCACUGCGCGAAAUCCGAAAGACAGAGAGUCGCUCGACACGAGAGAAGACACGCUAGAGAAGCGAGUUUCCACGAUGCAGAGUCGAAGGAUCGGUAACGCGAACGUUUGAACGAAACCCCCUUGUUUCGAACCGUGAUCUCACUGCGUGCUGUUGCUUGCGGUAACAGUUAGUGUACAGUGAAUGAAUUCUCGGUCACAGCGCGAUGACUGCGACGACGAUCGGCUCUGAGCUUGAUCGAGAUCGACUCUGAAAUCCCCUACCAGCGGUUGCUAGCUUCUCUGCAACGCCUAGGUGGAAAGUGACAGUGUACGUGCUGACCCCGAGUGACAUAAUCGAAGAAAGUGUUGCCGAACCUGUUGCUUAAUUGACAGCCAGUCUCUAUCGAGCAGUGCUGGCAAUGACCAGGUCGUCGCGCUCUCUCGGGGCUGAGAUUCGACGAUCUGCCACUCUGCAGAAUGCAAGCUCCGAAGAGACUUAUCAAAGUGUCUAUCUCUUCGUCAAUGAUACUUGGCGAAACUCUUGUUAAUCAUCGUGCCCGAGUUUGUCCACGUUCAACGAUGCAGGAUCGUGUCGUCGCACGAUCGGCCGAGAACAAACGGAAGAACGUUGUGCUAGACGAGGUUAGACGAAAUCAGUGAGGGAUAAUACGUAUAUUACGUAGAUGUGGUGUGGAACAAUGUCGUCGAACGGUGAAUUUUCGACGAUGUCCAGCAAGGAGGUGCCUUCGUUGCCGAAGUCGCUGCCGAGUUCGAGAGAAGCGACGGCCGAGGGUAGUUCCGGCUCGAGCGGCGGCUACAUGCCCCUCCGCGAGUUCCUCGAUCGAUUCUCCUUACCGAGAGUGGUCAGGCUCGAAGGUACCGGCGGCAGGCCGGUGUUGCUGUACAAACAGCAACAGAGAUCGCUUCGGGUUACCGCCACCCUGUUGAUCCAUCGUUAUCGGCACGAUGUCAAAGUGGGGCCGGAGAUAGUCAUCCCAGAGGGUUACCCGGGGUGGUUUUCUGUGAUAUCGGGCAAUAAUACCACGGGUAGUGCGAGAGUCUACAGAAGAGUGGAUUCCUUAGUACGAGCAGGAGUACCAGCAUUUCUUCUGGCUGCACCUUUAAGGGCAUAUAUCUUGACCCACUCGAAAAUGGAAAAUGGAAAUUUACGAGCUCACUAUACGAAAACCACGAUCAGAGCGGGUGAAAUUCUACGAUUAAUAGCUGUCUUUCAAGACACGAGGAAGUGUAGUACAGUUUCAUUCGGAAUUUCCGGCAGUUCUUCCGAAAAGGAUCAGUACGCUCAGUGCUUGGAUCCACACGGUCGAGAAGUAUUUGCUCCCUUAUCCGCAAGAGGUGAAUUUUACGCAAUUUGCCAGAAUGGAAGCAUCGAUACCGGAAGCGAUGCAGUGCUGUACAAAGUACAUCAUCUUGCGAAAAGACCAUUGCCUCUCAGGGUUCGUUUAAUAGCCGGCCCACUACCUGUACCAUUGCCGAGGGAAUACGGUGGUUUAAUGCAAUUGGAAAGCUCGACUCGAGGGCCAAUUGUUUUGGGCUGCAUCGUGCCAGAAAGACCAGUCCACAAUCCCGAAAUGCUUGAAUUAGUUGUAACCGGAAAUGGAGCGCCAAGAGUGAGAAGAGCUCGAUUAGGUUAUCCGUCAGAAGCUAGACUUUUGGCAUCGCCAAAAAUGCAACGAUUACUAUCUGCCUGCAGCCGGGCUGUCGGAGAUCGUGCAACGGAACCAAGAGUGGCACCUCUGAAGCUGCAUCCAGUUGGUGAAAAUCUCAAAGAGAUGCAUCUGAAGAAAAUCAAGCCGAGACCGGAAACGAAGCCAAUUCUACAGAGCUUGAAAGACGGGCUGGAACAGCUGAAGAAGAGCACCGUUAGGGAGAAGAGCCAGACCAGACAGAAUUGUCGGAACGGGUUUCUGGAUCGAAUUUCGAAACUCGCCCAGGGUAGUCGUGGCAGAAAUCCUGCGAAAAAAUCGGCCUCGUUCACGUUUGCCGUGAAACCAGAGAUCGCUAUGAGAUGUCAAGAGCGUUACUCCAGUUUGGAGCCAGAAACUACCUCUCAUCCGAGUCACUCGAACUCUUCCAAGCAACUUGUACAAAGAUCAGCGUCCACCAGUGUUUUAGAAAUGCCGGCAAAUGUUGAAUUGCAGCCCGAUUACUCCCACGUUAGAGACAGUCUCACGCCAGUGCCAUCCUUUUCCAAAUUAACAACCAGGACCAAAGCUGAUGACAUUUACGCGGAAAUUUGUGAAAACGCGGCGGCACAAGUCCAAAAGUGUCCCGGAAGUCACGUGAUGGCCAGGAUCAAAAUCGUUGUAAAAGGCCGCGAUUCGCCGGCAAUGCUGCCACGCAACAUUAUCGACGAAAGUCGAUACGUAAACUCGAUGGUAACGAACGAUCAAAUUGAUUCGAUUAUCAGCACAGAAGAUGAAGUUAUCUACAACACGAUAUUUUAAAUAUAUAAAGAAUCUUAUUGCGAUAAGUCAAUGCGGCUGUGUUUGAUAAUCGAGUACCCGUUGAUUAUUUUUAUCAACGUACCAUUAGAAAUUGAAUCUGUAUCAUAUUAUACAAAAAGCACCACGAUAUGUAAUAUUUUAGAAAUCGUAAUAAUUGCAUGUACAUAUGUUUGCCAUACGUACUAACAAUAGUAAUGAAAAUGAAUAAAAUUUUGAGAAUAAAAGACGGCUUUUUUCUUAAAAAAAAAAGAAAGAAAAAAAACGGAUCGAUAUGAUCACGUGCAGGGGGAAACCUGUCCAAUCUUUCUUAAAAUAAAAUUUGUUUUAUUGCAAAAAAGAAAGAGAAAGAGAAGAUUUACAAAAUAAAACGAAUGAGAGAAGAUGUAUGAAAUCUUUAUUUAUAAAUCACUCCCUUUCAAUAAAAAAGAAUUCAUGUUACACUUCGUUUGUUCCUAUUCUUCUUUCUUUGAACUUUGCUUUUAAAAGAAUU